AAAAAAAUAUAUAUACUUCAUUGUGCAUCAGACUGUGUUAGAGCUCGAACCAUUCGAAAAAUUAUAAAACUUAAAAAUGAAAAUUUAUAUAAUUUUAGCAUUAGUUGCAUUUGCAUCAACAGAAGAAUGGAAACGAAAAACAAUGGACGAAUGGAGUCAAAUUCACCGGGCAUGUGAUCAACGCUACAAAGUAUCUGAGGAGCUUAUUGAAAAGGCCAAAGUUGAAAAAUACCCACCCAAAGAAGUAUUCGAAGUAGCUCUUUGUGUCUUACGUGAUUCAGAAGUUUGGAAUGAUGCUAAAGGAUUUUCAGUUGAUAGACUGAUGAUUUCCAUGAACACAGUUGCAACAAGACAAAAUAUCAAUAAAAAGUUCUUACGUGAUACUCUUGAGAGUUGUGCUGAUAACAAUAGUGAAGGAAGUACUCCAUUAGAAUGGGCAUAUCGUUGUUUCAAGUGUUUCAAGGAUAAUGAGAAAUUUUUCAAAGUUUUAAGAGAAGCUAAAUUUUUUGAUGAACAAUCGAGUGAUUAUGUUGAUUCGAAGGAAUAGUCUAAAAAAAUGUGUUGUGGUACCUAAAAUAAUUGUUUAUUAAAUAAAUAAAAAUUUACUCAAGACUCAAGAAA